CCAGUUCCAUGGGUUGCAGAAGCUUGUAUUUCAUAUGCGUCAUUUUCUCCCUAUUCUUUUCAUCCAUAGCCCAAAGCUUACAGAACCAGUCUGCUCGCAUUUCUUUAGAUGAUCUUCUUCAACAAUAUGCCUCCAGAGUUCUUGCCCGAUCUCACUCCGGUAUUCUGUACAAAGCAACCCUUCCUGCAAAUUUAUCAGGCAUGGAAGCCUCAGUUGUCCGGCUCAGGGGCGGUAGCUUUUGGACCAGAGGAGCCAACUAUAGCGCUUUCCAGUUGCCACCCAAAAUCAGUGCUUCCCCUUACAUCAAGAGAUUAGCCAUAGUCUACCAAAAUCUGGGCAACUGGUCCUCCCAUUACUACAGGGUAUCAGGCCAUUCAUUGGUCACUCCUGUGGUUGGUUUCAGGGCUUAUGAUGCCUCCAAUUUUAGCUCCAGUGUCAUUACACCAAUCAAUCUCAGCGUGAUUGGGGAUCCCAUUUCAAUCCAUUUCCCCCAGUUCCUGUUGCCUUCAGGGUUGAAUUGGACUGCAAAAUGUGUUACAUUCAAUGUAGAUGGGACAGUGUUCCUUACUGACAUGACCCUCCCCAAUGUAUGUUCCACACCCAAUCAAGGCCAUUUCUCCAUUGUUGUUGAACAGCCCAAGAGGAAAGCAAGGAGGGGGUGGAAUCUGUGGAGGUGGUGGGUGGUAGUAGUUGUGUGUGGAUUUGUUGGAUUAGUUUCCAUAUGUGUGGUUUCUAUUCUUCUUGUUAGGCACACUAAAGCAAAGAAAAUCAGGAAAAUGGAAAGAAAAGCUGAUCAAGGUGAGUCUUUCAAAACAAUCUGGGUCGGAUCUAGUAAAAUGCCUUCUGCAGCAGUAACUAGAACCCAGCCAAUCCUUGAGAAUAGUUAUGCCCCAUGACUUGAUUUCUUCUUCUUUUUUUUUCUUGUCUUUGGACUAUUGCUUAUUUUGUGGUCGGCAGAGUAAGGUAGAGGAUUUUUGUAUGCAUGUACAAAUGGGAAAGUUAUUUUUGUGUUUUGUGUUUUAGGGUGGUAAGGAAGGGUGGUAAGGAAUUAGUAGUGUUCUUUGAAUUUUGUAAGGGAAGUUACAACCAAUUGUAAUUUGGGGCUGAUUUCAGAUUGAAAUGGUUGAUGAUCAAGUUCCACGUU